AGGCUUGAACAACCAACUAAGGCCUCUUCAAAACCCCUUAAAUUAUCACAUAUAACAUCUCCAAUACUUGCAAAAUAGAAAAGAAAAAAAAAAAAAAAAGCAUGGUUAGUCCAUCCAAUAAUUCCCAUAAUUUUCCUCUAAAAUUCCUUUGUAGCUAUGGUGGCAAGAUUAUGCCCCGUCAAACCGAUGGAAAACUCCGGUAUUAUGGUGGCGAAACACGUGUCCUCUCCGUUGAUCGUUCCAUUUCAUUCACAGAGCUAUUAUUGAAGUUAGGGGAGAUGUCUGAAUCAUCAGUGAGUUUAAAGUGUCAGCUGCCAAAUGAAGAUCUAGAUGCACUUAUAUCGAUAACAUCUGACGAAGAUUUAGUCAAUCUCAUCGAAGAAUAUGAUCGUGUUUCAACAAUAUCAUCCUUUCUCAAGAUUAGGGCUUUCUUAUAUCCACCAAAAUCCACAAAAAAAGUUGUAUCUCCUACACCUUCCAUUUCUUCUACCUCAUCCACCAAUAGUACCACUAUUAGCAACCCCGAUGCCACGUCAUCACCAAGUUCAUUUUGUUCAACCGUUACUAGCCCUCCUGCGUCAACGAGGCAUCAUGAUUGUCCAAGACCAUAUAAGAAAGUGACACGAAAUUCUUUAGAUGAAACAAUUAAUGGGCGCAUACGUCAUAUUAGAACAAGAUCGUCACCGGUGAUGUUUCCUAUUUGUCCUGAGAAAGUCACGGCCAAGACUCCCCAAUAUGCUUAUCAUCAUAGUCAUGGGAAUAAUAGUAGCCAUAUUUAUUUGAUUCACCAUGGCAACCAUUGGCAAUAACACUUGAUAUUUUCUAUUGGACAAGGGCAAUAUUGGAACAUAUAUAUAUACUUUUUAUAUAGA